CAUGUCUCAUGUGGGUGAGGUCAUUGGUGCGCAUUAACUGGUGAGGGCAACGUGGAUAGACUCAGCAUUUUCAUACUGUGCUGGCUAAGGGAUCUGCUGCUCCAGGAUGUUUCUCACAAGAUCCGAGUAUGAUAGGGGUGUGAAUACCUUUUCUCCUGAAGGGCGACUCUUUCAAGUGGAAUAUGCCAUUGAAGCAAUCAAGCUGGGGUCAACUGCUGUGGGCAUCUCCACGCCAGAGGGUGUAGUGUUGGCCGUGGAGAAGAGGGUCACCUCCAGUCUAAUGGAGCCAAGCAGCAUCGAGAAGAUCCUUGAGAUUGACACCCACAUUGGGUGCGCAAUGAGUGGUCUGAUAGCGGACUCCCGUACCAUGGUAGACAGAGCCCGUGUGGAUGCCCAGAACCACUGGUUUGUGUACAACGAGCCCAUGUCUGUACAGAGCGUCACUCAGGCUGUCUCUAACCUCGCUAUGAAGUUUGGAGAGGAUAAUGAUGACGACAAUGAGAAGGCAAUGAGUCGUCCAUUUGGAACAGCUUUGCUGAUUGGUGGAGUGGACGAUGACGGGCCACAGCUGUGGCACCUGGACCCAUCAGGCACUUACACCCUGUAUGAUGCUAAGGCCAUUGGCUCGGGGUCAGAGGGGGCACAGUCCUCACUGCAGGAGGUCUACCACAAGAGCAUGACAAUGAAUGAGGCUGAGGAGAAGCUGCUGAUUGUUCUCAAGCAAGUCAUGGAGGAGAAACUCACCUCUAUCAAUGUCGAGAUGUCUUCUGUACGAGUUGGAGUUGACGAGAAAUUCAAGAUCUACUCAAAAACCGAGCUUGAAGCAAUUUUGGCAAGAAUAAAAAGUUAAACUCAUUAGCCCAUUGUAGCUGUGUUUGACUGUGUGGUUGUAAUAUACAGCUGUAUAUAUAUUAUGCAUCUUGUAUCUACAUGUAACAUGUAUCAGUACUGUUUAUAAAUUAUAAUUAUACCAGCAUAGUGAAUGUUUAAUGUUGUUUCCACUGAUAA